AGACCCCGCAGCUGCCCCGGCCGCCUGCGGCGGGCUCAGGGCGGACCAUGCGCCCUUCGAGCGCACCGCCUGCCCGCUGGCUCUGCGUGCUGGCAGGAGCCUUCGCCUGCGCCCUCGGACCAGCGGGCAGCCGGGCAGCCAGCCCACAGCAGGAGUGUGAGUACCUGCAGAUGAUUGAAAUACAGCGCCAGCAAUGCCUGGAGGAGGCCCAGCUGGAGAACGAAACCACGGGCUGCAGCAAGAUGUGGGACAACCUCACCUGCUGGCCAUCCACUCCUCUGGGCCAGGUGGUGGUGCUGGACUGCCCACUCAUCUUCCAGCUCUUCUCUCCUAUUCAUGGACAUAACAUCAGCCGUAGCUGCACUGAAGAAGGCUGGUCACAACUGGAGUCAGGCUCCUACUACGUUGCCUGUGGACUGGAUGACAGCGCAUCGAGUCUGGAUGAGCAGCAGCAGACCGAGUUCUACAGUGCCGUGAAGACUGGCUACACCAUCGGCUACAGCCUGUCCCUUGUCAGCCUCCUGGUUGCCAUGGCUGUCUUGAGCCUGUUCAGGAAGCUGCACUGUACCCGAAACUACAUCCACAUGCAUCUCUUUAUGUCCUUCAUCCUGAGGGCCACUGCUGUCUUCAUCAAGGACCUGGCCCUCUUCAACAGAGGAGAGAUGGACCACUGCUCUGAAGGCUGGGUCGGCUGCAAGGCAGCUGUGGUCUUCUUCCAGUAUUGCAUCAUGGCCAACUUCUUCUGGCUGCUGGUGGAGGGCCUCUACCUACACACCCUGCUGGCCGUCUCCUUCUUCUCCGAACGGAAGUACUUCUGGGGGUACAUACUCAUCGGCUGGGGGGUGCCCAGUGUAUUCAUCAUGGUAUGGACCAUUGUCAGGAUCCAUUUUGAAGAUUUUGGGUGCUGGGACACCAUCCACUCCUCAUUGUGGUGGAUCAUAAAGGCCCCCAUCCUCACCUCCAUCUUGGUGAACUUCAUCUUGUUUAUUUGCAUCAUCCGAAUCCUGGUUCAGAAACUACGGCCUCCCGACAUUGGGAAGAAUGACAGAAGCCCAUACUCGAGGCUGGCCAAGUCCACGCUUCUGCUGAUCCCCCUGUUUGGAGUCCACUACGUCAUGUUUGCCUUCUUCCCUGACAACUUCAAGGCCGAGGUGAAAAUGGUCUUCGAACUUGUUGUGGGGUCUUUCCAGGGUUUUGUGGUGGCCAUCCUCUAUUGUUUCCUCAAUGGCGAGGUGCAGGCGGAGCUGCGCCGGAAGUGGCGGCGUUGGCACCUGCAGGGCGUCCUGGGCUGGAGCUCCAAAUCCCAGCACCCGUGGGGAGGCAGCAACGGCGCCACGUGCAGCACGCAGGUGUCCAUGCUGACCCGCGUCAGCCCCAGCGCGCGCCGCUCCUCCAGCUUCCAAGCCGAGGUCUCCCUAGUCUGACCGCCAGAGGCCGCCAGGCCCCUUCGCACCCUCCCCAGGCCGGCCCCGGGAGCAGAGGUCUGCAGCAGCUCCAACCUUUGGUCUGGACACAUUCCUUUGCUGCAGCCAGGACCGGGUCCAUGGAAGCUGGAGAGCAAGGAGGUCCAACCCUGGAAGAUGUGGAGAGGAACCAGCAUCAGGCUCCGCCUCCAAAGGCUCCUCUGCCAGUCAUGCGCACAAAAUCAGCAUACGCCUCCUGGAGAGCAACCGCCGGUCCUCAAAGCUUUGAGACUCGAGGGCAAAAUGGUUCUGCCCUGUUCGUGCCUAGAAUUCCACUGUGGCCCUCAAGUCGCUUUGGGUCAAGCGUUGCCAGUGAGACUCCUCUCUGAGGAUGCAGUCCCCUCCCCGAGUGUCCUGCUUUUAUCUGCCAGCUCCUCCCGUGGGUGAGUUCCUCUACCUCAGGCAGAUAUGGUUGUGACCUGGAGUUUCAGUUUGGGGGACCACGGCUGUGUUGUGAUCCUUGCUCAGGAAGGAACUGUCCCAGUGUCGGUCUAUUCUCAGACCUGGGAACUCAGGGACCUACCUUUGGGAAGGGAGCAGACAGCCCCAGCCAGUGCUCACCGGGGGGCUUUGUCUAUAGGACCAGUCACACCAGCCUUAUGCACAACCAAAGCAAUAGUGAGCUGCCCACCCUGGGUGCUCAUCUACAUGCCAAUUAACCACAGCAAGGGUCAGAGACAUGAACACGCAGGCCCCUUGAUCCUGAGGUCACAAAUAGGAAACUGAGUCUCAGAGAGAACAAGUAUCUUUUCCUGUCACUAAUGCCAACAUAAAGACUACCCUUUUUUUUUGAGACAGGGGUUUCUCUGUGUAGUUUUGGUGCCUGUCCUCGAUCUUGCUCUGUAGACCAGGCUGGCCUCGAACUCACAGAGAUCCACCUGGCUCUGCCUCCAGAGUGCUGGGAUUAAAGGCGUGCACCACCACCGCCCGGCUUUAAAGACUACCUUUUUACAUAUUGUGACCUGCUGGAUUCUCUUGGAGUUGUAUUACCAGAAAUAUUACCCUCAUCCCCCAGUUGCUGUGCCUCCUUAGAGAGUGGCAGAGUGUGUCAUUGACAUUAAAGACGGGGGAGGAGGAGGGGGUGUCAAGGCAUCUUAUGCCUCCCUCUACCCUCGCAGCUACGCAGCUUCUAACCCAAGCUGGUGUCAGCAGGUCCCCUCAGAACUGCACCUUGUAUUACAAUAAAUAUUGGCUCUAACAGGCUUAGUUCCCCUGGCUGGUGUGGGUCUCCUGCUUCCUCUAAGCAAGUGUCACCCCCUUUUCCAAUGAGAGAUGGAGUUACCACCCUUCUAACUUUGGACAGGAGCCCUACAUUUCCAUGAGAGGGCUUAUCCCCCAGAGCCUUUGACUCACACCUGGGUGUGAAGAGGUUGUAACGGUUCCCUUGUGACCCUCACCCCCUAAAUCCAGCUGGAAGGAGACUGAUUCUGCAUCGGAGCAACUCAAAACAGCCAAUAGAACAGUCAGAAACAGCAAGGUUUCACACUCAUUCCUGAAAACACAGCAAACAGAGAAUCCAAUAACCAGGUCGCUGUUGCCUAGAGCCAACCAAGAGGAUUAGAUCAGGGCAGAUGUCCCAGCAAAAGUCAGUGAGGGGAGGCUGUGUAACUAACAGAAAGGUUUAGACAUAGCAGUGUGGCAAAGCAGAUGACCUCAGCUGGUCAGAGAGACGUAGCUCCUGAGGGUCUGUAAACGCAUCUCUGUGGUUCCACUUUGUAAACAUGUGGUGUUGUCUUGCUGGACAAGCCAGACAUGGAUGCUAGGCUGGUGCAGAGAGGCCGGGAUGGGCUAGCAGAGGCUCAGAUAUACCUGCAAGGCCCCUUCAAAGGCUGCUGCCACUCAGUGCCAUCCCAGGACAUAUCAGAAAUGCCUCCUGAGCUAUGUGAAGGCCAGAAGGGACCCCAUGCCUAAAUGAAUGGGCCCUAAAUCUCCCCAGUGUCUUGUGGGGUAAAUCAUGGAGCCCUGAGAGGGGAGCAGGUACCAUCCAAGAGGAUAAAGAGUGAAUAAAAGUAAGACUCAAGGUGUGUUCAAGACAGGAAGGGCAGAGUUGGGACACUGCUCAAAGGUGAGAUGCUCAGGGGAGGGUGUUCUGGGAUAAAGAGAGGCUGGAAGCCUUGGUUGAGGAGCUAAGAAAACUUGUGCCGAUAUCCUGGGUUGAUGACAGCCGUGGGGCAGGGGUGACUCCAGGCAAGGCUAUCCCAGUCCCUUCUUCCUCUGCCAAUACCCAGGUCGCUCUCUGGUCCUGCUAGGGACCUGUCAAACCAGGCCAACUCAUCUCUAGCACCAUCUGGUGGACACUUCGAAGACUUUACCAACUUUGUCCACCUUCCGGCUUAAUAGAGUCAAGGUCUCUCACAGGCAGGCAACUGACACAGAAACAGGCCUCUGUUCUGAGCUCCCAAGAAUGAGACAGAGGGUGUGGUGAGGAUCAUACCCAGGCCAGCUCCACACAUCCCCUAAGAUCAAACCACUGGCUCAUGUGAGUCCUGCCUUGACCCAAAAGAACCUAAUGAAACCCAUACUCUGGUGGCUCCUUAAAACUGAAGCCUACCCACAGUCUCCAAGGGCAAAGGCCAGUUAAUUCAGGUGGGUAAGGACAGGGAGCCAUACCAUCUGAACCCAAAGAGACUCCAUCUGCUCUCUGGGAAAGGCCUGAUUGCUGGUAGUCUUCCCACUCUGGGACACAGCCUGUCCAAGGAGGCUGGUUUACCUGCUAGCAGACCGUCACUGAGGUGUCUGAGGGCUACGAGAGGCCGUAGGAUCCCAAGGAAACGUGUUUAGGUGUCAGGGACACCUGAAUCCAGCCCAGUCGAUGUUGGGGUGCUUGCCAGUAGAGACAAAGAGAAGGUCUAUCAGAUGAGGUCGAGAGAUGGUAGGUGGUUGAUGCGGAGAAGGACCCAGGGUGUAUGUCUGGAAAGGAUGCUAGGCCAUCAACAGGAAAGUGAGGAGAUCAGUGGGGAGACAAUGUCCUGGUGUGGAACAUGUUGACUGUAAUGUCUGCAGGGUGUCUGAGGAGAGACCCUCUAAGACUAUUGGAAAUAUGGCCUAAAGGGACAGAAGGUGGGAAGACCAAGGCAGCCCCUUGGAAGAAACAGUGAGUGGAAGGGUAAGUCCCCAGGCACUCCCACGGGGUGUUCUGGGCACAGUGGGGUGAGGACUGUGACUCAGCCCCUCCAUCCUAGCUGCCAUGCAAGGUCUUGUUUAAAUGAGCAGUGGCGAGCUUCCCUCCCCCCCAUGUGGGAACAGGAACGGCUCUUCUCUCUCUGGGGGAGGGGAAGGAGUGGAACCACAGCUGGCAGUCAUUAAACACCCUGCUCCAGCCAGGAUGGCCAAGAUAUUAAUAGCCCCGGAGUCUAUGACCCUGAAGACACAGACUCCCAGGAAAAGGGACAGAGUAACCUCAGCAGGCCAGAGGGGAUGCGUCAGGAGGCCAUCUUGGCAAUGCCCCAGCCUCCACACAAGACAGAUGGGACAGCCAAAAUCCAGAGAAGGGAAGUCACUGUAGAGGAUGGUAUUGAACCCAGCUCUCCAAAUCCCAUAGCCAUGCCUCAGAUAUUCUAUAUAUUAUCAAAGAUGGGAUCGUUUGGGUGUGCCCUACCUGGAGACAUAAGAAGAGUCAAGCCAGCCAGCAAUCCUGAUUCUGUCUUGAUAUAUUGUUCAUCUUAUAUUUUUGCAUUAAUUUUGAUAUUUUAAAAUACUCCAUUAAACUAUUACUUACUUUGA